AUGUUUGUGUCUUUCCUGUCACGUUUAUAUAUACUUAUAGACAAAGGAAAGACUUUACCACAUUUCAGAGUCUGUGGUGGGAUACCAUCAUUUCCUGGGGCCUUGCCCAAAGGAAGCUCGGGGGGGGGGGGGGAAUCAGUGUAUAUAUAUUAUGGUCUCACUAACUACUACCAAAACCAUCGGCGCUAUGUGCGCUCUCGGGACGACAAUCAGCUGCAUGGAGACACUAUGUCUCCCGGAAGCCUCAUUGAUGACUGCGACCCCUACAGAACUACGGAAAUCAACAAAACAGGGUACGGUUAUGCCCCUUGUGGUGCCAUUGCCAACAGUCUGUUUAACGACUCAUUUGUCAUCAAAUAUGAAGGCAGUGUCCCAGUUGGACUUAUCAAUACAGGCAUUGCCUGGGUGUCAGACAAGAAUGUGAAAUUCAGGAAUCCCGAGACGUGGGACCACUUCACUAAGCCCCCCAACUGGAAGAAACCCGUGUGGAAACUAGACGAAGUCAACCCAAACAAUAAUGGCUACUUGAACGAAGAUCUUAUUGUGUGGAUGCGAACUGCUGCCCUGCCCACCUUUCGCAAGUUGUAUCGAAAGGUCAACCACACAGUCACUCCCUUCAAUGAAGGCCUACCAGCUGGCAACUACACCAUUGAGAUUGAAUACAAUUAUCCAGUGGUGGCUUUUGAUGGCACCAAGAGCAUUAUCAUCUCCACCACCUCCUGGCUAGGGGGCAAGAACCCUUUCCUGGGCAUUGCCUACAUUGUUGUCGGCUCCCUGUGCAUUGUGCUGGGUGUGGUCUUCCUCAUCAUUCAUCUUCGCUGGGGAAAGAAGAGUGUCUGUGGCGGGGAAGACAUUCCUCUGAUGUUGAACAUGCAGCCAAGAUAUUUCAGUUUUGAUGUGGUUCACAAUGAGGAGCUUGAUCUGGUGUAA